UCUCUUCUUUCUCUCUCUUUCUCUUUCUCUCUCAUUCCCUGUCCCUCUCCUCUUCUCUUCUCUUCUCUUCUCUCUGUACUCGCAGGGAGUCCAACCCUGAGGCACCCUUUCUCCUCUUUGAAACCCUAAAGUCCUAUCUAGAAUUAGAAGUCCUGGACUCGACAUGCAGUUUCUCUUUCUCCAUUUGAUCGAAGAACUCAUUGAAUCUAUCUAUUCAUUUCAGAAACUGAAAGCCCUACUUCUCGGAAGCCAUUGAUCGGGAAGUUAUGGCAAAUGGAGGGGUCUCUGGUGUGUAUAUUCAUGUUAUUGAAGAUGUGGUGAAUAAGGUGCGAGAGGAGUUUGUGAAUGUUGGUGCUGAUGAAAAUGUUCUUAAUGAGCUCCAAUCUCUUUGGGAAUUGAAGAUGAUGCAAUGCGGGGCAAUUCAAGGCCCUUUGGAUAGGAACUGUGCUCCUAGAAUGCCUGGCCCUAUAACCCCUGUCCAUGAUCUGAAUGUGCCCUAUGAAGGAUCGGAAGAGUAUCAAACUCCAACAGCUGAGAUGCUCUUUCCCCCGACGCCUUUACAGACUCCUAUUCAGACUCCCUUGCCUGGGAAUCUGGAGCCUGCAGUGUAUCAAUACCUUCCUGCAGGUUCUGGUGAUUAUGGUCCAAUGCAUGAUACUGGGAGUGGUGGGGAUGUAAAGGGUGCACGCCCCAGUCCUUACAUGCAAGCCCCCUCUCCUUGGGCUAAUCAACGACCUCUUGGUGUUGAUGUCAAUGUGGCUUAUGUGGAAGGGCAGGAGGAAGAAGAAGGUGGAAUCUCCCAGCAAUCCAUGCCCAAGGAUUUCCUCAUGAUGCCUCCUGGUAAGAGAAAGAGAGAAGAUUAUGGUUCACAUUAUCUUUCAAAUGGAUAUAAUAUACCUCAACAAGAUGGAAGUGGAGAUAUUACACUAGGUUUUGAGGCAGCUGAGGGGAGCCAAAGCAGAAGUGCAUGCACAAUGAAUGAUGGAACUAUAAACAAAGAGAUAUCAGUGAUACCAGAGAGGAGAGCUGCUCCAAGAAUUCCACAAAAAGAUGGCAUUGACGACAAUUACUUGGAUGGAUUUGUCAAUGAAGACUAUAAUACACCUCUGAACCAUGAUCCUCUGCAGGGAAUCCAUAAUAUUGGCACUCCAAGGCCGACCAAAACUGAAGCAACCGAUGAUGAUGAGCCACCCUUAAAUGAAGACGACGAUGAUGAUAUAGAUGAUUUCGAGCAAGGAGAUGAUGAGCCUAGCACACACCAUUUGGUUUUGGCUCAGUUUGAGAAAGUAACAAGGACCAAAAGCAGAUGGAAGUGCACUCUCAAGGAUGGCAUAAUGCAUCUGAACAGUAAGGACAUACUCUUCACGAAGGCAAAUGGUGAGUUUGAUUUCUGAGUUUUUAGAGCUUGGCUGAUUGCUCCAUUACAUUGAAUCUUCCAAUUCGGACACUUUCUCAACAUUGAACUCCUGGAAGAUUUCCAAAAUCUGGGUCUUAUUCUUUUUAAGCAGCUGUUGUGCACUGUGUUGAUGAGAUGGAAGUUGGAGGUUAGAUUUUAUUAAAGAUCUUAGCCAAGACGGGGUUUUCUUUGUUUCUAGGGAGACCUAUAUAUAAAAGACAAAGGUUUAGACGAAGAAAGGUUAAGAGGAACAUUUGAUGUAUUGGAAUAGUGUGGAAUGUUUUUUCUUGGGACCCUUCUGUCCAACAUCUCCUCUGUACACAGUUCCUGGGUUCCAAAGCCCUUCCUUUUUUUGGUGUGCAGAACUGUCAGUAGUGAGUUACUGUGAGAGAGAGAGAUAAGACAGGUAGUAUUUUGUUCCAUUUCCCUUUUACUUUUUCAUGUAUCUGUAAUCCCGCUGCACCCUAUUUACUUGUGUAAAGCUGAUAAUGUUAGAAAUAAGCUUCUCUCUCUC